AUGACGACUCACCCCGCGGACCCGCCCAAGACGUCGGCCGCGACCAUGACGCGCGACAACUACAAAUUCCCAUCGCAUCGCCUGCUUCGCCAGCAGCGUACUGACCGCACCCCGGUUGUCCUUGUCGCAUGUGGCAGUUUUUCGCCCAUUAACAACCAACACAUACGUAUGUUCGGACAGGCCGUCAGAUACACACAAACCCACCCCAACGCGAACCUUGAGAUCGUGGGCAGCUAUCUGUCGCCCGUGUCGGACAAAUACGGAAAGUCUGGUCUGGAGUCUGGAAGCCACAGGGUACGCAUGUGCGAACUGGCUGCCGACGAUGAAGGCGGCUCCAAACUGCUCAUGGUCGAUCCUUGGGAGGCUGUCCAGCCCGAAUACACCCCCACCGCAGAAGCCUUGGACCACUUCGACCAGGAGAUCAACGGAAAACUCGAUGGCAUUCUGACCAAGGACGGUUCGCGCCGAAUACCGGUCCACAUUAUGCUGCUCGGCGGUUCUGACCUCCUCACAUCCAUGGCCUCGCCCGGCGUCUGGGACCAGAAGGAUGUCGACCACAUCCUGAAAGACUAUGGUGCCAUCAUCGUCGAGCGUGUCGGAGAACCCACACCUGCUGAUGUUCUGAAUGACCCGGAAUACAAACUUCACAAAACCCCGCCGAUAAAGGAAUACGGAGAGAGCAGCACGAUAAUUAGGAGUCACCGGCAGCAGGGCAUGGCCAUCAAGGCCCUGACCCCGAAAUCUGUUAUCGACUACAUCGAAACACACCACCUUUGGGCCCCCACAACAGUAUGA